GUCGGCAUGUUGUAACGAAUAAUACGGGCAGCGCAACCAUUUGGCGACGACGUCUCGUCUUUCAUCUCUACACACGGUCAUGCGGCGUGAGCGGGAUGACUCAGACGAUGAAGACAUUCCGCUGCAUCAUAAACGCCCCUUUGGCGCUGGGCUGAAGCGCACGAAAAUCGAGUUUGUCAAGGCAACAGAUCCAGAUGCCAGCAACACGGUCAAGGCCGUCGGUGCGCAGUCCGCAUCCAUCGGCGAUGUCUACGCCAGCAUUGUUCUGGGCAGCAGCGCUACGGAUACUGCGUCAAAAUCCGAACUCGUCAGCGAUGCAAAGGAAGACACGACGUCACUGCCAGAAAAGCAGGCUGAGCCUCCGUUGUGUCCUGUCUGCUCGCUCCCCAUCACUACGACGCUGCAGAAGCACGAAGCCUCGCUUGCGCAUCAAGUGAGCCUGGAACACUCCCACCCGCCAUCUGCGCUGGAUCGAUCGCGCAUGGGUUUGCGAGCCCUGGAGUCUCAGGGCUGGGAUCCCGAUUCCCGCCUGGGCCUGGGCCGUGAGGGCGAGGGGACCCGGUUCCCCAUCAAGAUACUCCCGAAAAAGGAUACGCUGGGCGUUGGGGCGAAGCAGCCGGCAAAGCAAAAGGUGGAAGAGAAACCACGGCCACUGACUGCCAAGGAGAUGCGCGCUCUGGCGGAGAAGGAGAAGAGGAAAGGAGAGCGGCUGCAGGCUGAGAUGUAUGGCCGGGUGGAUGUGGAAAAGUAUCUUAGGGGGAAUGGAGGUGAGGAUGGCUUAUAAGUGUGAAGUUGACCAUGUUUGGACAAGAUAUACAAGAUAUAUAUCGUACACGGAAUAUGGCUGCAGCAAACAUCAAACCAGUAGAAGCACUUCUAGCCGGAAGUUCGUGCACCUUUGUGGCUGAAUGAAUGGUCGCGUGAUGUGUUGUCUUAAACAUGAAUUAAUUUGCAUUGCAUGAUUCCAUACUGAACACUCCAUGUACACUACGUCGAAAUUAUAUCGAC